AAAAAAAAAGAUGGAUGACAUUGAAAAGAUCAAAGCUACAAGAGAACUUCUCAAGUGUAGUAUAGAGAAAUCAAGAAAAUUAGGAGUUGAAAUUAGUGAAAGAUGUUGGAGAUUAGAGAGUUGUGAACAAAGGCUUGAUUUUUUAUCAUUUUCUCUUAGAGACUUAUCAUGUAAAUGUACAUUAUAUACGAUGAGUACUCAUGAUGUUGAUAGAGUCAUUGGUCCUGCUUCUUCUGUUGUUAUGAUAUUUAAUGUUAUAUGUGGAUUUGAAAAAUCUCUUUCAACUGAUGAUGUUUCUGAUGAUGUGUUAGCUUAUCUCACAACUGUUAAACGGAUGGAAGAAGCACUCUGUUUACUCACCAAUAAUUGUAAACUAGUCGUGUCUUGGCUUGAUACUAGUAGUUGUUGUGAUUCAUCUUGGUAUGUUAGGAAAGUGAACAAGUGUUUGAGUAUAGUUAGAGGAUUGCAGGGUACUGAGGAGCGUUUUCGUGCUAAUGGUGGAGUGUUGAUGAUCGCGUUAGACAAGGUGGAGAUUGAAUUCGCGUCUAUGUUAAGGGGCAUAACACCAUUGUCUGUGGCUUUGCCUGAUGUUAUUCGAAAUGUGCAAGGUGUUGUUGAAAGAUUGAGUGUGAAUGGUCGGGUUGAGAAAUGUAUGUCUGUCUAUGUUGAGGUUCGGAGUUUAAACAUGAGGAAAGCUUUAGAAGGGUUCGAUUUGGAUUACCUGGAGGAGAUAUCAUUGACAGAGUUUGACAGUGUUCUGAGUGUAGAGCAUUAUAUUGAUCAAUGGGACAAACACUUGGAAUUUGUUGUGAAAUAUUUGUUAGACACAGAACACAGGCUUUGCGUUGAGGUGUUCCGUAAAGCAGCAUUUAAGGAUAGAUGUAUGGAGUGCUUUGCAAGAGUUGCAGUCCAAUCUGGGAUUCAUUCUUUCAUCAAAUUUGGCAACAUGAUUACGGAAGGUAAGAAAGAAGCAAUCAAACUGUUGAAGCUAUUGAACAUGUUUGGUUCUCUAAACAAACUACGAUCCGAUUUCAACAGGCUUUUCAGUGGAAGUGCCUGUGGUGAAAUCCAAACUCAGACAAGGGAUCUGAUCAAGAAUGUUGUGAAUGGGACUUGUGAAAUAUUUUGGGAACUUUCACUUCAGGUGGAACUGCAGAGGACAACUAGUCCUCCGGUGGAUGGUAGUGUUCCGGGGCUGGUUAACUUUGUCGUAGAGUAUUGUAAUCAGCUGCUUGAGGAUGAAUAUUGGUCUACACUUAUCCAAGUUGUGGAGAUACAUCAAGGUUGGAACCACGAGAGCUUCGAAAAGGGGCUUCUUCUAAAUGAAAUGCAGAACAUAGUAACAGCACUUGGGCUCAAUAUAGAAACUUGGGCAAAGAGACACGAGGAUGCCUCUCUUUCAUCUUUCUUCUUGAUGAACAACCAUUGGUACUUGUGCAAGUACACGAGGGGAACUAAACUAGGUGAGCUAAUGGGAAAUGAAUGGGUUACAGGUCACGAGGAAUACAUGGAGUACUGCGAGACAAUCUAUUUGAAAGAGAGCUGGGAGAAACUCCCAGCCCUUUUAAACGAGGAAGGCCUAGUGUUGUUCCCAGGAGGUAGAGCCAUUGAUCGACAAGUAGUUAAAAAGAAACUCAAGGAAUUCACUGAGGCCUUCGAUGAAAUUUACAAGAAACAAUCCAAUUGGGAAUUGUGUGACAAGGGGCUAAGAUGGAGAGUACGCCAACUUGUAUUGCACGUUGUCCUUCCUUCUUACAGUAGUUACCUGGAAAAAUACGCAUCCUCCAUAGUAUUUGAGGUUACUAGUACUGCAGAUCAACGCGUAAAAUACACAGCUAAGACCUUGGGAAAUAUGAUCACUUGUCUAUUUGAACCAACAGUGGGAAAAUAUGGCAAUAGCACCAAAUGCACAGAAUUGAGUGACAAGGUAAACAGUAGCUUUGUUACUAAUCAACUUUCCUCCACACCAGCAGCAGCAUGAAUUAGGAAGCUGUCAACAAUUACUCGAAAGGUGAUUAGUUCAUCGAUAACUCCUCUUACAUAAAGUCGAUUAGUUUUCCAACCUUUAAUCCUG